GCGGGGCUGGGCAACUCGUGUCAGUCCUUGUGGGCUCAGGAGCAGAAAGCAGUGCCGCUGCUGCCUUGGCCCGGCAUGGCCCACGCCGUACUGUGGCUGCUGCUGCUGUUCGUGGUGCCCCUCAGAGACGGCCUGGAAACUCUGAGCUUACAGAUCCCUUCCCAGGUGUUGGGCGUCUUGGGUAAGAAAGUUAAGCUGCCCUGUCAGCUGCAGGGGCUGAAGCCAGACACGAAGACCACGAUCACGCAACUGACCUGGGAGCUUCAGAAGUCUGGUGGGGAGGCUCCCCAGCUUGUGGCCAUCUUCCACCCCAGCAGGGGCUCUCAAGUCAAGGAGUCUGAGGACCCCCACAAGCCCCAGCGGAUGGAGUUCGAGUCAGCCAGGGUCGGCGGGGACCUGAGAGACGCCAGCCUGGUACUGUGGGCGGUGCGCAGGGAAGACGAAGGCACCUAUAUGUGCCACAUCUCCACCUUCCCACAGGGCAGCGCCAGCGGAAAAACCGAGCUGCUCGUGCGUGCCUUGCCUCAGAACAGGGUGGAAUUACAGGAGGCGACUUUGGACCUUACACCCGGGAAUCUGGUGCCUGUGGCCCAAUGCAUCUCCGAGGGGGGCUGGCCCCCUCCCCAGGUCUCCUGGCUCCUGGGUGACUUAGGUGACUCAAAUGAGACCAUCAGAGAGCACAAAAAGCAAGAGCCAGGACCCCUGCCAGACACGGUCACUGUCACCAGCGUCCUGAUGAUGGUGCCCUCAGGCCACGUGAAUGGCAAGAAUGUCACUUGCAGAGUGGAGCACGAGACUCUGGAGAAGCCGGACCUGCUGUCUGUCAGACUCUCUGUGUCCUACCUGCCUCAGGUAUCCAUUUCUGGCUAUGAUGACAACUGGUACCUUGGCCGCAAAGCUGUCACUCUCACCUGUGAGGUGGAUAGCAACCCAGAGGAUGUGAACGUGGUCUGGAACACGACCAGAGGGACUCUGCCACUCUCUGCCAAGGCCCAGGGCAGGCAGCUCUUCAUCCCAGCCAUUGAGGAGUCCAUGAAUGCUACUUUCAUUUGCCUGGCUACUAAUGCUGUAGGGACUGGCCAGGCGGAGCUGACCAUCCAGCUCAAAGAGCCACCUCCAGGCGGGCAGCAAAGCCACAUCAUAGCCAUCGUAAUCGGUACUGUCCUGGGUCUGGUGAUUUUAAUUGGAGUGGGCCUCCAGAUUUAUUGCAGUUACUGCAGAUCCCAUGGUCAUUACAGAUUCAGCUCCCCCUUGAACAGGACAAAUGGAAUAAACGGAGUGAACAGGGCAAAUGGGACAAACGGGGUGAACAGGGAGAACGAGGUCCUGUACUCAGUGGUCAAUGGCACAACAUCCUUGUGAAGUGGACUUGAGGUGACACAUAAGGACUGAAUUACAUGGGUGAUAGAUGAAGAUGUUUCCCAAGUUACGGGCCACCUCCCCGGCCAGAUGUCAAGAUGUGACUAUGUCCCCCAAGGCAGUGAGCAGCACAGGUUCCAGCAAGGAGGCAUUGAGCUCCAAAACACUGUCGCUCAUGGAUGCUGGGAACACAGCGAGGAUUAAAAUGAACCAAAGGACAAGCAGCAGAGGGCAGAGGUCAGGGAGACCAGCACCGCCUUCAAACUGCUGUACCAGAGGGGCCCCACAGGGACAGCACUGACUCAACCCAAGAGAUCAGAGAGACCAAUGGGGAAAAGAAGGAUUUCUCUCCAGGCUUUUGGAGCACAUGGACCCAGCCAAGCUCACAUCUGAAGUGCUGGGCAUUUGGACCAAGGAAAGGUUCCAGCUUUAUAGUUGUGUGCCCGAGGUUGAAGAGGGUGGGCUUUAGAAACUAGGGGAGGGGCCGGGGAGAUGGCUCAGUGGAAUAAGCACUUGCCUGGCAAGAGCAAAGGCCUGAGUUCAAUUC